AUGGCGACUUCACUCGCUCGCCCAGACCCUCCUCCUCCUUCAUUCGCUUCUCUGCCCAGUGACCGUAAGUCACUUAGCUUUGAACUGGCCGAUAAUCUCCUUAGUCGUGGCCUUUAUUCCUCGGCUCAGCAGGUCAUUCAGAGAAUCAUCAGUUCCUCUACUACUCUCCCUGACGCGAUUUCUGCAGCUGAUUUCGCGGCUGGACGUGGCGUGGAGCUCAGUCUGCAGAGCUACUAUGUGCUUAUUAGGAGAGUGAUGGGCUUCGGUGAGUUUCAAUUCGCUCGGGCAAUUUACUUUGACGGAAUAAUUGGUAGAGGGCUUGAGCCGGAUUCGAACAUUGUCAACUCCAUGAUCAUUUGUAUGGCGAAACUGGGAGAUUUGGAGGGAGCAAUGAGUCUCUUUGACCGGCUUUGGGACAAGGGUUGGAUGCCCUGUGAAUCCGCCAGUGAUACAGUUCUCAGAGGGUUAUAUGAGCGGAAGCUGUUUCUGGAGGCGUUUGUGUACUUCACUAGGAUUGUGAACUUGAAGAAUGGAAAGGUGGAUUCUGCUAUGGAGUUUUUGAAUAGCAUGGUCCGCUCUAGUUUGGUUCCAAGUGUCCACAGCUAUACUGCAUUGCUUUCUGCACUUUGCAAGCAGAACAGGUUUUCCGGUGUUAAGGCAUUGUUCAGAAACAUGUUAGACAUUGGAGUUAUCCCUGACCAUGUCACGUUCCUAAUUCUCAUGAAAAAUAUCCCGAAGGGGCAGGAACUUGAACUUGCUUUCUUCAUGUUAAGGGCAAUUGCCAGAAAUGGAUGUAGGUUAGAUCCUUGCUUGCUCUCUGUUUCUCCUGAGAUAUACUCAACUAUGGAUUUACAGCAUGAAAUUGAAAUUCUGCUGUUGGAAAUUGUGAGAACAAAUUGGAUGCUGGCAAAUGUGUCGUUUGGUAUCUACAUUAGUGCCUUGUGCGAGUGCGGAAAAUUUGAAGCUGCUUUCGCUUCUUUUGAAACGCUCAGGGGACUUGGCUGCUGUCCUUUGCCUUUCACCUUCAAUUCAUUGAUCAAAGAACUUUGCAAGCAUAGUUUACACCAGGAGAUGAGAUGGAGCAGUGUGGAAUCAAGCCUACAGUAG